UAUUGUAUAAGCAUUUAUUUAUCAAACUAUUUGUUUCUUAUAUUUACAAUUUUAACAAUUUUCUACAAUAUUCCAAAAAGAUUUCCCUGUCCUCGCAACUAAUUAUUUCAUGUAUUUUUUCUUGUUUAAGUUCAGAUUUUAUCUUUUGUUCUACAUUGAACCAGUCAUUCUUGUGUAUUGAGCAUUCUAGGUGGAUGUGUAAGAUCGUUUCAUCCUUUUCCGGGUCGCAUAUCGAUGGGCUGUACUUACACUUGAACCUAUUGAAAUAUAAGGACCUCCCACCGUGCCCCGUCAUAAUUUGUGUAGUGUGGAAGUCUGGAGUGAAUGUUGCGGAUGGUUUUAUACGCUUUUGUGGCAUUGGGAAAGAACAUUUUUGUAAUUUCGACAGUAGUGCCCGCCUGGUGUUCCAUUGUUCCACUCGUUCUGAGUGUCACAUACGAGGUUCUUUAUAAACGAAAUCGGACACUUGUCAUACUCUGGUUUCUUCUUGUAAUUUAGAGCGGCUUCCUUGGCUAAGUGGUGAGCUCUUUUAUUACUCUCAGUUCCCACGUGUACCUGGACCAAAUACAAAUCCACAUGUUGGUUUUGCUUCAAGGCCUUUUUGAUGUUCUUCCUAGGUUCGACUGCUAGGGGAUGGUCGUAGUGUUAGUUACUGUUUGGAGGGCCAUGGAGUCGCUGUGAAUUCCAAAAGUACUCUCCUUACGCCUAAUGCUUUCCCUGGAGGCUUUUAUGUUGGCCGGGAACUCAGUGUGGUACACCGCGUAGUAAGAAAGCAACGCAAGGUUAAGGGUCUUUGUUUCAGACUCUCCAUUCCAAAUGAAUAGUGCUGCCCCAACCCGACCCUCAAUCUUGCUUUUAAUAUGUAAAGUAUUCUUCAAUAUAAAAAAAAAACAAAAAUAUUAUUAAAAUAAACUAAAUGGGUUUUUGGAGAAAAGGGGGGGAAAUACUAAAGAUGAGUGAGGCUGUAUGGGCUUUAGUUCCCCUUGCCUUCCCAAAAAGUCAAUAUCAAAGACAUUGAUUUUGCUAAAAAUCAAGGCUCAUUUUUAUUAAUUUAUGAAUAACAAUGGCAAAGCGACCAACUAAAGUAUAUUUAGGAUAUGAAGAUGAAAUUAUUGGUGAUAAAAGUUUACAAGUUCUGAAUUACACAACCAAUAAAAUUGGUGGAACACCAGAUUGGCCACCUUUGGAAAAUAUACAGUUUUCAUCGAAAUGUCCUUUGUGUGGGUUACACAGGUUAUUGGUCGUGCAAUGCUAUGCACCUAUUGAAAAAUCCAUUUACCAUCGCACUUUGUAUGUUUUUGCGUGCAUUAACCCAAAUUGUUGGAUACAAUCGGAAAGGUAAGAAAAGAUGACCAAAUUCUUAUAAUGAGAGUGAAAAUAUUGUCAUUCUUGUUUACUUUUAUGAUUUUCAGUUGGUUAUGUGUAAGGAGCCAAAUUCAAGAUGUAACAACCCCGUCCACUAUUGUUGUUAUGCCAAAGGCUGAUAGUAAUUUGACUUGGUGUAAUGGUGCAGAUGAAUGGGAUGAAAAUGACAAUGGGGACACGGCCAAUGGAAAUUUUAUGAAUCUAGAUAACCCAAGCCCCAAUAAUUGCUUGCAGAGAAAUUCUGAUGAAGAAGAAGAAAGUAACUCUUUGGAAUUGGAAACUGUAGCACAAGCCCUUGGAAACCUUCAAGUUUUUGAUGCUCACAAUGCUAAUAUGUCACCAGUACAAGGUGCAAUUGGUGCCAUAACAGCACCUGUUGCUGCUGCAGAGCUUGAAGGAGGUGAUGAACCAGGUCUGGUUACUGUGGACACACCCUCGGCCCCUACAAAAGACCUUCAGGCAUUAUUACAUCAGACAGCUGAACUUCCACCUGACAUAAGAAGCAGACUGAUGUGUGGACCUUUGCAAUUUCUGCCCAAAUAUGUGUAUGUGGAAGAAGAAUGGGAUAAGUCGCAUAAUAAUGAAAGCAAAAUAACAGAGCUUCUUAAUAAAUACAAUGAACAAAAUGAAAUGGAUAUGGUAGUCGGAGCUGAAAGAGCAGCAGGGGGCGGUGGUGACGACGAACAAUACGAGGAAUCAGCGCCCCUACAUGGAGACAGGCUCUUCCAUGCCUUCCUUACCCGGUUACGAAACAACCCUGGCCAAAUCUUAAGGUACUCUCGGGAGGAAUCGUCGCUUCUGGGUGCUCCUUUACCAAGUGCAGCGAACACACCAGAAUGCCCUACUAUGCCUAUGAAUUGUAUUCGGUGCGGUGCCCCACUUAUCAGUGAACUCCAACUCGUACCAGAGUUUGCUGAAACACUGCGACUCUUGCCAACAAACAUUACACUGUCACACUUACAUUUCCUCUCUGUCCUCAUAUUCACUUGCUCACAGAGCUGUUGGCAACAGUCCGAUACACUAGUGAAGGAACAUGUCGUUUUCCAACCCGAAGUGGUAUAAAUUUUACUUAGUUACUAAAAAUAUUUCCAUGCAAUAAAUAUUUACUUUAAUUUUUAUGUAUUUUAUUGCACAUUAUUUUACUAAAUACGGUUGAAGAAGGCAGCCUGCCACUAAAAGGCUGUAAUGCUUAAGAUAAAAAUGUUUCAUCUUUAUGAUCGAAAGAAAUUGUGUUACUAUAGAAUGCAAACAACUGUAGCACCAAAAGUGGCACACUGUUUCUUAACUGUGCAUCUUUGACUUCGUCAAUUGUUAAUUUUUAAUAUGAAAUUUCUAAAAGUCCACUGUUACUAGUAAGUAAGAAUAAAUAUUGACUGUGAUCUUAUCUCCAUAGGUGUAUACCAUUUAUUAUAAAUACCAAAUCAAAUUGUUUAUAUGUUUAAGUAAUAGUCAUAAUUUAUUGAACUAUGUAUUUGAUAUUCUAAUUUCACAUAACCAUUCUUUGAGAUUUCGUCUUUGUUAAAUGUGUAGUCAUGUUUUUCUAAACAUAAAAGUAGGUAGUACUGUUUUACUUGAUUGUAAUGGUGUUAGUAGCCAAUUUUUAAAUGGUCAUAGAUGUUUAGAAAUAUUUAAAAGAAAAUAAAACUGAUUAUUUUAUAGCAUUUAUUUUGACUUGCACACAAAAGCUCGUCAGACUAUAAAACUGUCAAAUAUCUUCAUUAUGAUAUUUAUCCUUCUUAAUUGAGUUUAAAAUUUAAAGUUAUAGGAAAUCUGUAUUUUUUUGGCAGCUGAUGUACUAUUGUCUGUACAUCCUAAGGGUCAAACACACACCGAAAGAGCAGCGAAGCGCAGCGACCCGCUCGGUAAAGAAGGCGCGCUUAUGGAAUUCGUCGGAAUUCCCGCGGAUCCGCGCGAGUCCUUCGAGUUUCUCAUGCGAUAAUAAGUAUUAUAGUAAUGAAAAGAAAGUUAAAAUUCAUAUGACACUGAUGCGCAGCGAAGCGGAGCGCAGUUGCGCUCCGCUUCGCUGCGUUUAGACGCUCUUUUGGUGUGAGUUGAGCCUAAGAGCGUGGGCACCGAUAAGCGGGCCACGGAACGGGCACCCGCUCAGCGUGUUUGUUUUAUAGACCCCGCCUAAAGGUACGAUCCGACGGCGUGUGCCGCGGCCGCGCCUCGCAGGGUUGCCAAACGUAUGAGAACUCUAACGUUUGUGAUUUAGCAGUGUCUAUACAUGAUACGAGGUAAAUAGAAAUCUCGUUCACUUUUUGAUGGCAUAAUGAAGCUGUACUUACUGAGUCGAUCCUUUGUGGACUGGACAUUUAUUUACUUUCUUAUAAUAUUUUUGGUUUGUGUACAUGACACAAACAGUCAAAAUUUGUUCAAAUCUCAUAAUCAAAGUGUACGAGAUUUCUAUUUACCUCGUAGCAUGUAUAAAGACUGCUAAAUCUCAAACGUAAGAGUUCUCAUACGUUUGGCAACACAUGAGCGGCGCGGCCACACCCGGGACAACACACGCCGUCGGAUCGCACCUUAACACGGCGCGGGCAACAUGAGCGUGCACACGCUCGCUUGGCUGUCUUCUGUGCUCACGUCUACGUUCUCUUUUAACUACAUAGUAUUAUCAACUAAAAUAAUCCACUAUCGAAAGUUCCCCCUCGCAAUUGAAAUUGUACUGAGGGGUGCUGCGAGAGGCCUCUUGCAGAUCCCGCGACGGAGCGCGUAGCGGAUCUCCGCGAUAGACGCCCGUUCCGUGCCUCGCUUAACGGUGCGCACGCCCUAAAACAAGUGUACGAGUGUUAGUGUAGUUUACCCAUCCAUAUUUUACGAGUUAUUCUAAAUUUUCUAGUGCAUAAAUAAUAUUAUUAUGUAGUAACGUAUUAGUAAGUUUCUUCAAUUGAUAAAAAAUAUUAAGUGCUAAGUUAUGAACAUUGCCAGUUAACUACUUAAUAAGCUUUAAACUAUAAAUAAUGUCAAUAAUGUGUGGUAUAAACCAUCUGAUACAUAACAAAGUUUUUUAUUUCAUCAUCUAAGCAGCUGUACGACACUCAUAGUUCAGCGUAGGCCCAUUGGCGUAGCUAGAGGGGGAUGGAGUGGCCAAUCGUCAAUUUAAAUCGUUUUUUUUUUAUUAAUUUAUUUUUUGUUUCCUCAGGCGGGCGAGCAAAUGCAUAAUCCUCGGAUUUCUUUCUAUGUAUAGUAUGUCCACGGGAAGAAUGAUGAUACAGCAAAGGGCUCAAUAGGUUUGUCCAUUAUGAUAGCGUCCAACAGAUCAAAGUAAACCUCUACUUUACUUUACUUAUGCUAUUGAAUUCUUUGUAAAUAGCAAUGAUAUGUUUUGGAAAUUAAAUUAUUAUAUUAAAUGCCCUAGAUACAACAUCAC